AUGGCAUUCAGAACAACGCUCUCGCGCAAUGCGGGCAAACACAUCAGCGCAUACGGUAGCGUGCUCGACAGGUUCAUGGUGAGCCACGCUCCCUCGCUCGCCUCCUCCUCUCCUUCUUCUUCUUCUUCUUCCUCCUCCUCCACCACCACCCCGGCCUCCUCCUCAGCUUCGACAUCAGCAUCACUCUUCGAACCUUCCAAAUCCACCACCACCGGCUGCUGGGCACCCCCAAAGUACUCCCUCCGACGCCAAGCCAAACUCGUCAAAGAAGCCGCGCUGACGGGCCAACUGAGCCUGCUCCCCGAUGGUCCCAAAACCACGCGCAUCCAGCAGCGCCUGCACCGACUCGCAAAGACGCACACCUUCGAACAGACCGCAAGGCAGUACCAGUACAUCCCGCAAGACGUUUCUACACCUGCAGCUGUGCGGCCCGCGUCGUUGGGCGAGAGAGCGGUGCGACCCAGCCAGCGAGUCAGCACGGCAGAGCGCGAGGCGGCGCUCAUGACCGCCAGGCUGCAGGUGAGGGACGUGGGGCCGUACUCGGGUAGAGCCAAGGUGUUCAAGGGCAGCAGGGUGGACAAGGGCAAAAACAAGAGGAGGGACGAGGUGAAGAACAAGUUGGGCGCGAUGCAGCAGACCGUGCAUGACUGGCACUCGACACAGACCGAUGCCAAGAACAAGCUCAAGCCCGGUCUUCCUUUCUGA